AUGAGGUUACAAGUGUCGAGUAGUCCAAAGAUCAAGAAACCACAAAAGCCUUGUGCUGACACAAGAGCAAAACCUGACUCAGCCACCUCAACCCCAUGCCAAAGUAGGAGAGUUGUACCAAGCAGAAAUGCCAGAGCUGCAGCAGAGAAAUUAAUCCAACAUUCUUUGAAAGAGAAGGACAAACCCACUUCAGAUGUUAGCGAUGGUGGUGAAAGCAUGUCAUUCAAUGGUGAAGACGAAUCCAGCUCUUCAGGGAGUGAGGAUAGCAGUGAGAAGUCAGAUAAAGAACAGAAAAGAAAGUCACCCAUAAACCGAACAUCACCAAAAUCUGCUAAUUCCAACAAUAGACAAGAAUUACCUCAGGGAAACAACGAGCAGAACACUUCAAAGACAGAAAACAAGCAGCAGUCAGAACGGAAACACAUAAAUACGAGCACUCAAUAAACGGCAAGGGCAAGGCACACGGUUAAUCAACAAAAAUCAAAUGUUCAUCAACAACAGAUAAGCAAUUGAAGUCAGUGGCAAGAGCAGAAAUAGUACAAAAUCAAACACAAAAGAGGUAGGGCAGAUAGUUUCAGAGCAUUUUCAAGACAAGUUCAUCAACAACAAAUAAGCACUUCAAGAUUUCAGUCAGUGGCAAGAGCAGAGAGUACAAAAUCAAACACUUUCAAAAGAGAGGGCAGAAAUUCAGAGCACUUUCAUGACAAGUCCAGCAUUAAACA